UUGCAUUUACUCACAAGCCCUCCUACCACCGGAUGUUUACUGAUUUCAUUCGUGUGACCAGAGUGAAAUCUAUCUGAAUUUAUUCUUUGCUUCUCUUGGAUGUAAUAUGUUGCCGAAUAAAAAAGUUUUGUGUCCAUUUGUGGAAGACAGUUUCAGUCGAUUUCCUUCGCAGAGCAACAUAUAUGGACUGUGCCAAGCAGGCGACCAGGAGUUGCUGGCAGCGACUUUGAAGGGUAAAGUGGUGUGCUUCAGGUACCAGGAUCUGCAGAAGAAGAUCAGACCCGUGGCAAAAGAAAUUCAGUUCACGUACAUACCAGUUGAUGCAGAAAUUGUCUCCAUUGAUGCGUUCAACAAAUCAGCACCUAAAAGAGGACUAGUCGUAGGCAUAACCUUCAUCAAGGACUCAGGCGAUAAAGCAACUCCAUUUCUUAACAUUUACUGUGAUUAUGAACCUGGCUCAGAGUUUAACCUGGAGUCUAUAGCACAAAGCUGUUUAAAUCUAGAACUGCAAUUUACACCCUUCCAGCUUUAUCACACAGAGGUGCAUUGUGGAGAUGGAUCCAGUGAGACUGUUUUUCUUCUCAGUGGACACGAUCAGUGUAUACAUCUUUAUAAAGAGAAUGCCUCUUUGCACCAAUUUGAGGAACAACCAGUAGAAAAACUCUUUCCUGAACUGCAAGAGCUACCAAGCAAUGUGUUAUGGAUGGAUGUGUUGAGUAUUGAUGAAAAUCGUCGCCUCACUGCGUUUGGAUGUCAGAAUGGUUCUGUGGGACUUUCUCUUGUCAACCAAAAGGGACCUGAGAUUCUUCAGAACUGGCGUAUACAGCAUGACAGUCCCAUAUCCACGGUUUUACUGUUCCCUUUACCACAGCAGCACCUGAACACCAAUACAAAUGCAGGUAGUCAAAAGUUAACAUUUAAUCUCCUGGUAACCAGUGCAAUAGAGAUGGCUGUUGUUUACAGGGAUGUGGAGCAGUAUGGAUUGAGCAAACAGCGGUGUUUAGCAGAAAGUGAUCAGUGUGACGCAGUUGUCUGUGCUCUCGUUGUUGAUCUAGACUUUGAUGGAGAAAAUGAAUUGUUGCUGGGAACAUACGGACAGGAGCUGCUGUGUUAUAAAUUUUAUCCAUCAAUGGGAGCUCCUGAAGAUAAGUUACAGUUGCUGUGGAGACGGAGUUUUAAAAGUCCUCUCCUGUCAUUGAUUUAUCUUGACCUGACAGGUGAUGGACUGAAAGAACUCGCUGUUCUUACCUUGAAAGGAUUACAUAUACUACAGCACAGUCUGAGCUCAACAGCUGAUCUUGUUCUUCAUCGUUUGGCAAGUUUAGUAUCAAGACUGCCUGUUACAGACCAACCAGUCAAAAACCAAGAGACUGAACAAAGUAAUGAACAGAGUGCUUCAGGCACCUAAUACAAAUUUUAACAUAUGUAUUUAUUUUUGUCUGAAAGAUGUUUAUGGAUAUUAAGAGCUGACGUAUUAAAGAGCUUGUCCUUCUUUUUAAUAAC